AUGAUUGUUCAGCCGUGCCUCCGUCCAUGUCUCAUUUGCUUACUGUUUUUCUCCUCCUCUUCCCUUUCUCACUCUUAUUUUAAACAACACUCCCCACAGAAGACAGAAAUUUCUCCAGGAUUUGAUUCUUCACCUCCAAGUUCAAUGACAAGAUCUGUAAGUUAUGAAGCAGUCUCUCCUAAUCAUGAUAGGGAAAUGCUUAUGCCUCAACUAUUGGGACCUACUGCCCAGAAACAGGCAAUGCUGGAGUCUCCAUCGUCAAAUGGAAAAGUUGUGACGGUCAUUGUUGUCACAGCUGCAAUCACUCUGGCCCUUGCUGGGAUCUUCUUCUCUAUCUACUUGAAAUUUGCUAAAAGAGGGGAAAUGAAUAAAGUUGACAUAAGCUUUCAGCGAGAAGCUAUGGCAACUGGUGACGAGUUCAGAAAAGGUGGCAGAAAAGUGAAAAAAAUUACCUUUGAUGAAAAAGGGCAGGAUUUGCUUUAUGUAAAAACUUUUGACGGGAAGCCCAGAAACAAUUUCUCAAAAGUUAUGUUGAACCCUAGCUAUGAAGAAGAAGUGGAAGAAAAGAAGGUGGAUGUGAUAGUAGAGCGAUUAAAAAAGUACGAAACUCAGGAAGUUUUGCUUCGGGAACCACCUCAUACAAUUGGUCAAGGUAAAGUGACUGAACCAGUUUUGCAAAAUCAAGAACCUCCGCCAUUAGUUUCAGAAAUGCCUAGUCCAAAACUACAUCCUCUACCAUCCCCUCCAAUAAAGAAAGUUCUUGCACCACCACCACUACCACCUCCUUCCCCACCACCACCGCCUCCUCCACGUCCUCCAACAUCAACAAAACCACCAAUGAUAACGAAGAAAAUUUCUUCUGCAUCAACUCCUCCACCACCUAAAAUAGGUGGUUCACUGAAACCUCCACCAGUUCCAAGAGGGAAAUCAAAUAGCAAGAGCAGGGAAUGGGCUACGACAGAGGAGAGCUUGAAAGGGACUAGCAUUGGCCACACAAAGCUAAAGCCACUGCAUUGGGAUAAAGUUACAGCCAAUGUGGAUCAUUCAGUGGUUUGGGAUGAGAUCAAUAAUGGCUCUCUCAGAUUUGAUGACGACCUAAUAGAAACAUUGUUUGGGUAUACAACUGGCAAUAAUAAAAUCCUUCACAGAAAUGAAGUUUCAUCAAGCAGAAACAGCUCCAACCCUACCCCAGCAGCUCAAGUUUUCAUACUUGAGCCACGGAAGUCUCAAAACACAGCAAUUGUACUAAAAUCUUUAGCAAUUUCUCGUAAAGAAAUUCUUGAUGCUCUUCUCGAGGGUCGUAGACUUACCACAGAUGACCUAGAAAAGCUUACCAGAAUUUCCCCAACUCAAGAAGAAGCAAUCAAAAUCCUCCAAUACAGGGGCAGCGCAUCUAAACUUGCAGAUGCUGAAUCUUUCCUUCACCACCUCCUCAAGGCUGUUCCUUCGGCAUUCAUCCGUAUCAAUGCAAUGCUUUUCAGAUCAAAUUAUGAUUCCGAAAUUCUUCAUCUAAAGGAGUCCUUACAAACGCUUGAAUUGGGGUGCAAAGAGCUACGAACCCAUGGCCUCUUCUUAAAACUUCUUGAAGCCAUUCUCAAGGCUGGCAAUAGGAUGAAUGCUGGAACAUCCAGAGGCGACGCACAAGGUUUCAACCUUACUGCUCAUAGAAAGCUUUCUGAUGUUAAAAGCACGGACGGGAAGACUACUCUACUUCACUUUGUUGUAGAACAAGUUGUUCGACCGGAAGGUAGACGUCAUGUACUUAAUCGGAAUCAUAGUAUGGAAAGAAGUAAGAGUCAUAGACGGAUAAACAGUGAUUUAAAUUCAGACACCUUGACAGCAGAAGAGAGAAACAAAGAGUACCUGUUGCUGGGAUUGCCAGCAUUGGGGGACAUGAGUGCUCAAUUCUUCAAUGUAAAAAAAGCAGCUGCCAUAGAAUUUGACAGUUUCGUCAACACAUGCGGCUCUCUUACAGCUCGUGUCACAGAAAUUCGGCAACUCACGACAAACUGUGGCAAUAGUGAGGCAGGUGGGUUUGUGAUGGAAAUGAAAGGAUUCUUAGAGGAAUGCGAAGAGGAGCUUAAGUUGGUGAGGGAUGAGCAAACAAGGAUUAUGGAGGCUGUGAGGAGAACAACAGCGUAUUACCAAGCAGGAGCAUCAAAACAGAAAGAAGCAAAUCUGCUUCAAUUGUUCGUUAUUGUGAAAGAUUUUCUUGACAUGGUUGAUCGAGUCAGUGUAGACAUUUCCCAAAAGCUGCAGAAGAAAAAAGUGGCAGCAAGAGCAGAAUCAUCAUCACCACCGUCACCUCCAACGAGUAAUCCAGUGAAAUUUCCAGACUUCCGGUUACAUCUGAUGUCAGAUAUGUCUAGGGCAACAUCUUGGAGUGAAUCGGAUGAUGAUUUCUGA